UCCAUUGCCACUUAUCGCGUGGGUGGCGCGUUUAAUUCACAUUUUAUUUCAGUGCGCGCGUAAUUGUUGCUUCCACGCGCUACACAGGAGCUGCCAGGAGGCCCUGCCACAGAUAUAGUCUGUUCGCGUUGGCGCUGCACGGCGGUUGUGUGCGCGGUGAAACGCGCAUUCUGUGGGUACACUCUCGCCGCCUUUCCCGGUUUAGCAGCAGUUUAGUUUGGUCAUGCAAAACGAGGCCACCAGCGAGAAUUUGGAGCCGCAGGCAUCCACGGGAGCAGCAGUUCCCGUGGCAACGACCGACUCCAUGCGGAGUCCUCCAGCCGCAGCUCCACGGCAGCGACCCAAGCCUGGUAUCCUUCGCCUGGACAUUGGCAAGCCGCGACGCUCAUCAGGUGGUUCUGUCGAUUUCCGCUGCGUGGGCAGCAGCGGCAGCGGCAGUGGCAGCAACAUCGCCACUGGCGCCAACAGUGAGGUAAGUGGGCAUGAGUUACGGCUCGCCAGGGAGUGCUUACGAUUUGGCCAGGCCAACGACAUGUGCAGCAGCAGCAGCAGUAGUAGCAGUAACCAUGGCAAAAUGGGGAAAAUUGAGGAAAGGGAAUGUGGCAUCCACAACCUGCAACAGAAAUGGCAGCAAAUGCCAAUAGCCAUAAACGCCAAUCGCACUUAAACGGUGGUUGCCUCUGGUCAAGCAAUGCAAGAGCG